CUUUUUUUACUUCCAUGGCUUCUCCCUUUUCUCUCUCAAUCCUUAACUUUAUUAUCCUUUCCUCCAACUUCCCUUAGCUUUAUAUAACCUUUCUUCCUAUCUCUUUUUCUUCAUCACUUUCCAUUUCAAUUUGAUUUUGUUUUCUCUGUUGCUUGCUUUGGACAUUAAGAACUUCACCUGUCUGAUUUUGGAACACAAGCUUUAGGGCUUAAGGUUGUUCCAGGAAUGGCAAACAUUGGUGCAAUUGGUCAAGAACAUGAUCAAAUGGAUUUGCCCCCAGGUUUCAGGUUCCAUCCAACAGAUGAAGAGCUUAUUUCUCACUACUUAUACAAGAAAGUUCUUGACGUUAACUUCAGUGCUAAAGCCAUUGGAGAGGUGGAUUUGAACAAGUCUGAGCCUUGGGAAUUACCUUGGAAAGCGAAAAUGGGUGAGAAAGAAUGGUAUUUUUUCUGUGUGAGGGACAGGAAAUACCCUACGGGGUUGAGGACAAAUAGGGCGACUGAUUCAGGGUACUGGAAAGCAACGGGGAAAGACAAAGAGAUUUAUAGAGGGAAAUCAUUGGUUGGGAUGAAGAAAACACUUGUUUUUUACAAAGGGAGAGCUCCAAAAGGUGAAAAAACUAACUGGGUCAUGCAUGAAUACAGACUGGAAGGCAAGUAUUCAGUCCAUAAUCUCCCUAAAACUGCCAAGAAUGAAUGGGUUAUUUGCAGGGUGUUUCAAAAGAGUUCUGGUGGGAAGAAAACUCAUAUUUCAGGUCUGGUUAAUAUGGGUUCAUUUGGAAAUGAAUUGGGUCCGUCCGGUCUUCCACCAUUAAUGGAUUCUUCUUCAAGUUUCAAUGCCAAGAAAAACCCUGUUUCUGAAUCGGUUUACGUGCCCUGCUUCUCCAAUCCCGUCGACGUUCAACGCAUUCAACUCGACACAAUCGAUCAUUUUCCCGAGAAUCCUCUCCUCCUCCCUGUUUCAUCGAAUCCAACAAAUAUUUUCCCGAGAUUCCAAGCUUCAAACCCUUUCUUCUCGGCUCAACCCAUCACUUUCCCACCCAAUCUUCACCUCCCUGGCUCUGUUUUAAUGCAAGACCAAUCCAUCCUUAGGGAUUUACUUGAAAACCAUGGAUCAAACAUGAAAUCAGAGAGGGAAACAAUGGUUACUGUUUCACAAGAAACUGGUUUAACCACUGAUAUCAACAAUGAAAUCUCUUCUGUUGUGUCCAAUCUGGAGAUUCGAAAGAGGCCAUUUGAUGAUCAACAACACCCUUCUGCUUCAACUGGACCUCUGGAUUUCGAUUGUUUCUGGCAUUACUGAAAAAAAAAUCCCAUUAUUGUCUGCAAAAUUAGAGUUUAUGUUACUAUUAUUGUCUGCCGAAGAAAAAAAACACCAUGGUUUGAGUUUGUGUACGAGAUUUUAAUUCAAGUGCUCUAAAAUCAAAACUUUGAAAGAAAUUGAAGCUUAAAAUCAUGUAAUAUAAAAUUAUAAUUAAAUUCCAAUAUUACAAAAAAAACUUUUAAACAA